UUAAACAACAAAAGUGAAAAUGUCUUCCGCCGGCAGUGAUAAAUCUGAUUGUUGUGCUGUGUGUCAGGUGCCAGCCACUUUGACUUGCUCGGCAUGCAAAAAUGUUAAAUAUUGUGGUAAAGAUCACCAGCGCGAUCAUUGGCAGGAGCACAAAAUCGAAUGUGAGAGUCCGUAUCGAAUUGAAAAUGACGCAAUUUUGGGUCGCCACCUUUUGGUUACGCGUGAUAUACAAGCCGGCAAUGUCAUCUUCGAGGAGAAGCCGCUGGUUGUGGGUCCCAAAUGGUUUGUAUCGGAACGCGAACAGGAGGUACCGGUUAUGCCCUGUGUUGGUUGUUAUAUACCAUGUCGCAUUGGUGGUUUCAGUUGCUCCAAAUGCCAGUGGCCAUGUUGUUCACCCCAUUGUGAGGAUAUUGAAAAUCCCAAUAGCCAUGGCAUAGAUUGUGAAAUUUUGAGAUUGGGCCCUGGACCAAAAACCACAAGUGACAUGAAAGUCAUGACCGACUAUUAUCGGCCCGAUGCCUUGUUGGUAUUGAAAUGCCUGUUGCUGCAAAAGCAGAAUCCCAAAAAAUGGAAGAAGUUGAUGAAGAUGCAAAGUCAUGAAGAGGAUCGUGAAGGAUCAGAAUUGCAAGAAGAUGCCGAAAAGCGUGUCGUCACAUAUUUGCUAAAGAACUUUUUGGAACCGCUCAAAAAGCGCGAGGAGACCACCAAAGAAAAGCUACUCGAACAAUAUGAUGCCAAGAUACUGCGACGCAUUUGCGGUAUUAUCGAAACCAAUUAUAUGGUCAUUAGCCUUUCGACGGGCCUGGAUCUGAGUGGUGUCUUCUUUACGGCCUGCAUGAUGGAACACUCAUGUAUGCCCAAUAGCUAUUUCCAAUUUAAUGAAUGUGAUGGUUUUAGCAUUUCGGUUAUUGCCGGCCGUGAUAUCAAGGCUGGAGAACACAUCAAGAUAAUGUACACGAAUAUGUUGUGGGCCACCCAAAUGAGACUGGAACAUCUACAGAUAACGAAACAUUUCAAAUGCAGCUGUGAACGUUGUACAGAUCCCACCGAAUUGGGUAGUUAUUUUAGUGCUUUGAAAUGUGCCGGAGAUGUUAAUGCGAAGUGUGAUGGUGGCAUACAGCUGCCCAAGGAUCCAUUGGACAAGAAAACCGAUUGGAUAUGCAACAAGUGUCCAAUGAUUGUUAAUGGUGAACAGGUCGGUUAUCUUCUAACACAAAUGACGGAAGAAGUAAAAACCCUAAUGGCUCGACGACCCACGGUCAAACAAGUUGAAAGCCUCAUCGAAAAGCUGGGAACCUUCUUACAUCCCAAUCAUUAUCACAUGUUCAGCUUAAAGCAUUGCCUCAUCCAACUCUAUGGUAAUGAAAUGGGUUACAAAUCAGAACAACUAUCCAGUAGCCAAUUACAAAAGAAAUUAAAAAUGUGUGAAGAUCUUUAUGUAAUUUGUCAAAAACUAGAUCCGGCCACAAUACGUUUAUCCAUCUAUGUGGCCAUUAUAUUCCAUGAAAUGCAUACCGUCUACAUGGAACAAGGACGGCGUAUUUUGGACAAUGAUAAAACCAAAGCUUUGGAACUCUUUACAAAUGCCAAAGAUGUCUUGGAAAAGGCCGAAGAGGUGUUGGAAAAAGAAUUGGAUGGUGUGGCGGGUAAUAAACUAAACGACCACAUACUGAGAGCAAUGAAAAAUGUGAAAUUUUAUAUGGAAAAUAUGUGUUCCUGAAAACAAAACAAAACAAAAUGAAAAGAAAAAAA